CAGCCCUAUGCGUAUCACCAUGGCUGUCAGAAUCAGCCGCCCAAGCCAACUGUGAUCGCCAGAACCGCCGUAGGCCCUCAACCCUGCUCCCUUUCCUGGUAUUGUGGUCAGACGCACUGGCUCAGCUGUGCGCAGCUGCGACCGCUGCCAGGUCAGCUUCAGCCACUGUAGAUUACGUCACUGGAGGCAGGUUCAGGAGGUAUCUGUUUGGUCUGGAACAACAUUCGCUCGGCGAACCAUGGCCUGACGUCCUUGGUGUAGCUGUGGUGGUCUGUGUGGCUGUUAUGUUCAUGAUGGGAUUGGAGAAAUCACCAACAAUAUCCGCACUGCUACUCGUAGCGCUCCUGGGUAACUUUGCGUUCUUUGCUACUAUUGGAAGUUUCCAUACUGUGAUAAAAUUUUGGAAAUGGUGCGAGAGACUGAAAGUGCUUUCCUACCAUAGGGUCAUAGCAGCAGCCACCAGUUGUACGUUUGCUUUCGUGCAUUACAUCCCGAUAACGCAGAAAAACAACUGCUUAAAAUUUAGUACCAUGGUCCUCAAUCCGUUGAUCUUCUAUACCGUGACUACAGUUGUCUUUUCAAUGAUGACUCGGUAUAGAGAGCUCGUGGGCACAGCAAUUCCUCUGAUCCAAGUUUUCGAGAGCAGAGAUGUCGACUGGGCCAGACCUAUAAUAGCUGCCUUCACAAUCACAGUAGUAUGUCUUGCUCUGACCGAGGUACUACCAGUUAUAUACAGUACAUUUGUCAGACUGGCUAGUAAAGAAUGGAGGGUAUUCGUACCAUCUAUGCAAUAUCAGAGUUCGAUUACUGGAGCUCCCAUUUUGGCAAUUUUUGCUGCAGGUAGUCUAGCAGCAAUCCUAGCGUUUGCUUGCCCUUUGUCACACCUAAUAAAGCUACUAAACGCAUCAGCUCUGAUGAAAUGCGUUUUCAUUUGUUGCCAAAUGGUGUAUAAUCGAUAUAAGCCCGAAAUAAAUUAUGACUGCUUAGUGUACAAUACGAACGUUCAGUACAGCAAACUAGCCAAGGAUUCGAAGCCUAACGUAACUUACCACCAACCUCGAUUAUCAAUUAAGGACAGAGUAAAAGCAUUUUUUAUAUCAAGUCCAGGGUACGUUCAUAGACUGAGCUCUCCUAAGAACGUGACAGGGAAUCUGGUGGCAUCGAAAACGGAAGAGAAAGAAUGCCUUUUGUUGGAUGAUUAUAGUAAUAAGUCCCUGAACAUCGACAUGGCGGAAGAUAGUGGAUCUGAUAACGAAAAUGAAGAUGAUUUGGAGAUAUGCAGCGAAUCAGAUUCGACAGACAUCGAUGUAGUCGUUCAGGAGUAUCAAGAAGGCCUAAAGUUAAUAGCAACAGUGGAAAAGUUCACACCUACAAAACCUGCUACGAAACUGACUUCCAUCGUUGUCAUAUUUUGUAUUUUAUUGGCUAUAACCGCCUCAGUGGCGCUUUGCUUGUAUAUGCUAAGGAUAAUCGACAUAUUGUGGCCGAGCUUUAUCGGCUUGAGCUUAUCCGUGAUAAUUAUAAUGGGUAUGCCUCAGAACGUAUCUGAUAAAUCCAAACAGUCUUUCGUACCGUCAUUUUUAUUCCCCAUUUGUCAAAUAGCCUGUAUAGCUUUCAACAUGGUGCUAAUAUCCACAGUAGUGGUGGAAAUAUGGCAAGGUCUUGUCUUUUGGACAUUGGCAGGACUCCUCCUGUUCUGGCGCUGCGACUGUUGUACCUGCGAUGGCCUAAUGAAGUCUACAAGGAUGUCGACGAAGGUGAACCCCGUCAGCAACCUACCAGAUAACGGAAGCAAGGAAGUUGUGGUACCUGAAACUAUCUUCAUCACCAGAUGACACAACGAGUACUUGAAUGACGAAAGCCUACUCAGCGAAUCAGAGGAAGAUAUCUGAAUGAGCUGAAAUGGAAGUCAUUCAAGUGGAAUAGCAUCACCAAAAUCAUUUGCAUAUACGUAUUCUUAAGGUGUAUGUCUACUUUGGUUCUAUGAAAAGCUUUGAAAUGAAAGGUAAAGAAGCUAAAGAUACUACAACCAUCUGAUUUUUGGGAAUCUAAAAUAUAAUAUAUAAUUAGCACCGCUUCGAAUGUCUCCAGUGAUCUUGGUUUUAACCUUCCGAGACGAAUUCCUUCCUGGUGAAUAUUGGGCAUCCAUCAAAGCCAGCAUAAAAGCGUAAUCAAACCAUUGCUUUUCUAAAAUUCGCACUAUAUCGGGUUUCAGAUUUUAGUCAAACCACUUGGAUCUCGGAAACGUUAAGAAAAACGUUGUCGAUACCAAAUGGGGGCAGUCUCGCAUUCAGUAUCCGUAUACAGGGGACUUUAAAGUUGAGUCAUUAAUUUUCAGAUAAUGAUUGUAGAAGGAAGAUAAACCAAAAUAUGUGUGUAACAAUAAAAAAAAAAAUAAAAAAAAAUGUUACCUUGUUUUAUAAAGUAUCCUCCCGACAAGUAUUUCAGUGCGGACCUGUAUUUGAUCGUGCGGUCUUGGAGCACCGGCAUGCCCUCCCCUUGAGGUCUUAAGUCACCUGAUUAACGAGCCCUUUGUACUACAUUAACAAAGGCACGAGGGGUUGGUUGCACUCGAUUGGGAAGCCGAUCCGCAUAAAUCCGUGAUGCCGCGUAAAUAAGAAUCAUGUCCACAAGUUCAGCAUUUUCGUAAACAUGUGUCAUUUUUGAUUUCGUUUGAGCCACGCAACGGACACCACUAUUCACUCACGCGUUACCGACUGACACUGACUGUAUACAACUGAAUAAAAUAAUUGUAAAAACAUCGUUCCAAAUUCUUUCGCUUUUUUGUUUCCGAUGCGAUGAGCCGAUAAGGCGGAUUAUAUCCGUUGUUGCCAAACACGAGCACAUAAUAUUAUUAUUGAGACAGGGCGGUACUCAAACUUCCAAAGGGCUAUAACAUUGUUACUUUAAUUUUACCAGAAAAAUGGUAAAGGAAAAAAACAUUUCUUUUGAUCAGAUCUACUCACUAUUAAAAUAAAUGACUCAACUUCGAAGUCACCCUGUAUAGACAACAGAAACAAACUUUCCCUAAAUCCUUUUUGUUUUUUCUGUUUUUAUUUGAGAUGGAUAAAAAGUAUGUUCACAUUGCCCAUCGGUUAUAUAAAAUGAUACUUUUUCCACUGUUCUCAAUAUGACCUUUAAAUAAUAUGAAGAAAUUUUAGCACUAUAGUCUAGUCAUAUUAGACAAAAAUACCCCUGGUUUGCCAAAUAGUUUUUAAGUCUGGUUUUAUUGGAAACAAAAGACGAGACACAUCCGCUUUGUUUUAAAAUGUGUAUAUUAAUGUAUGUUUUUCAAAUAUUGUAGCGCAUUUGUUAAACUACUCACAUAUACGAAAUGUUUAGAAGAAAAAAACGUAAACGUCGUUUUUUACAUAGAAAUAACAUUUAUCUUUCGGAAUGGUUUGUGAUUCAUACCGACAAGGUAAACACGUGUAUUUUGCUAUUAAGUGCUCUUGAACGAACCCCCGUAUAUUGCGCAAUGGAUUAGUAGUGAUGGCCGUACAACACGUGUUUUGGAAUAAACAAUUAGAAAUUCUUAAAAAACUACUUGACCAAUAUAAUUUAAUUUUGUUGUUGUUAUUUAGAAGUGUGAAUCUUACGGACUUAAGCAAUUUCAAGAAGUUGCGUGAAAUUAUUCCCACAAGUACCAAAAACCUGCAUUUUGCCUCGUUUUUCAGCCCUUAAAUUUUUGCUAUUUGUCUGAUCUUUUUACGUGUGAUCUCAUUUUGUAGGUCUCAUAAAUGCCUAAAGAUCUUAUAUGAAAAGUUUUUUCGUUUCUGUCAACACUUUCGAUUGAGUCCCAAAAAACACGUUUUCUCAUUCUUUGUUGUCAAAUAAAAAGUUUUUCCACCAAAAUUCGUGUAGGUACCCAUUUUAUGCGUACAUGUUUUAAAUACCCCCUUGAACAACUUGCACCAAUAAAACCAGACUUCACAAUUAUUUCGGGGAAAUUUGCUAAUUUAGACUACUAGGUUUUUCUUUAUUCGAUGUGUUACAGGAACAUUACUUUUAUAGAUAUUUUGAAUGUCAUACGGUCUACGUAGUCUACUCAGCCAUAGAAUAAUGGUAACUGAUGCAAGAGUUGUUCAUCGGUUUAGAUAUGGCAGAUAUAAAAUGUGUUUUGGGAGCUGCUGAGUUGUCGAGUCCUUCAAUAUUUUUCCAUCAAUUAAACUAAAUAAAUUAAUAUUGUUUUCAAUACGACCCUCGAGUAGUAUAAAAAGUUUUAGCUUAGGGGUGUCCCUUAUUCGAUGAAUUAGGACCAAUUAUAAGAAGAUUACUUUUUUACACAUUUGAGGUUUUAUAAUAUCAAUCAAUAUCAUGAUAUUAUUAAAACCUAAAAUAGGGACUCUUCACCUAUGCCUAGUUGAUAACAACUGAAAGAACGCUUGGCUGAUGAUAUUAUGAAACAAACUAUCUGCUAACUUGAACGCCUGCUGAGAAAACUUUGUUUCUAUUUAUUAACAAAGGAUAGCAAUGUCAAUAUAUGACAAAUUAUACAUUUUUGGAAUUUUAAUUAGAAAGUCUAUUCACCUGUACAAAAAUCCAGCAUGGUAUCUAAAAAAAACACAAGGGUUCUGAUUGAGGAUAAAGGACGAAACGUCAUAUUGAAACUCUAGUUAUGCUAUUUUGUACAGCAGAAAAAGUGGCAACGUUAAUGUACCUUUUAUUUUGAUAUAUCAUCUCAAAUGAAGCCAGGAAAAACCAUUUUGGGAAAAUUCGGUUUCAUUCGUUUUUCUCCGAAAAUACUCGGAACUGCGGAGUGCUAUUUUCUCAGUUUCCUAAGUACGCAACUUUGGCCUAAUUCAACCGACUUCGUAUUUCUGACCGUUUCCGAGAUCCCGAAGGUCAAAUUUGAAACAUCCGGUAUGUUAAGCUAUCCAAAUAAGAUUCGCACCGUAUGAAGGAACGGCAUAACGGCCGUUUUGUUAAUAUUUACCUAAAUUACCGCAACCAGCACUGCGCUAGCUUGAUUGGUCGGUUGCAGGCUCGUACAGUGAAUUUUACGAAAACGACUAGCUGACGUAAAAUGUCACAAUUUGACAUAAGGAAGAAGAAAGUGCCAUCUAACAGUACAGUAUUAAGGUACCUCUUGUUGGUUAUUCGUCCCAAAAUUUUGCAGUUUCUGUUUGUGCACUGAAUCUAUAUAAAUGAAAAUUCUUUAUUUAUUUAAGAAACGCACUGCAUGACAUCUUUGUCCUCAAUCGCUUUUUUCAAAGCUUCUACUGGAACUAGAGUUGGCAUAGAUAACUUAAUUAAGAAAUUCCAUUUAAGGAAUAUAAUGAUUGUCCUGUGUGACUUAUAAAAUAAGUAUCCUGACUAUAUGUGAUUUAAGAUAAAUGAG